UUGGCUCUAUGGCAAAAGAGAAGAAGCAGGGCGAAAACCAAAUCAGCACUGAUAAGUAUACAACAGAAAUUAUUCGUUAUGCCUACUCUUGAGUUUGCAAGCUCUGUGGGAAACACCCUUCACCACUUGGUGACCGGGUCUUACACCAACACGACUCUCUUUCUUCUUGCUUUCGAUACUGUUGCUCGGACUCUGACUCUGAAUUCCACUGUCCCUGGAUUCGGACUUCAUCAGUUUGUCACCAGUAAUGCCGCCAAGGACAGGGUCUAUGCCACCGCUAUGAGCGAGCCUCCUCAACUCUUUUCUUGGUCAGUCGAUGAGAACUACAAGUUCACUUAUCUUGAUACUGUCAAUAUUACCUCUUCAUCUUGUUACAUCUCCGACGACGGCAACCUGGCUUUCUCUUCUGGCGGCUCAACUGCCCACAUCCAUGCCCUCACUGAGAACGGAGGACUCGGCGAAAUGGUUGAUGAGCUCUACAUGGUACCAAAAGAGGAGAUUAAAAAUGUUAACAAGACUCGCGCGGCUGUGCUUUAUGGUGCUCAUGCUUUUGAUGUCAACAUCAAUCGUAAGGGCUUUGUUCCUCACUUGGGUAUGAACUCAAUUUUCAUGUACGACAUUGCCGAGAAUGGUACCGCUACUCCUUUAUCCAUCAACCUUAGCCCCUCUGAGGGUGAUGGUCCCCGUAACUCCCUCUCCAGCAAAGACGGAAAGCUUCUAUACGUGGUAAGUGGCGCCAAGGGUAUCGCGAACAGUUGUACUGACCCUUCAGACCAAUGGCUAGACGUUUACAAGGUUCAUGACACUCAACUUGAGCAUAUUCAGCGAAGCAGUGCGAUUCCCGAUGAUGUACGAGGCACCUACACGUUCCGCAGCAACACUGUCCAGAUGUCCCGGGAUGGAAAGUAUCUGCUUACUAGUACUCGCAGCUGGAACAACACCGAAGCCAACGGAUAUGUCGCUGCUUUUGCUCUGGAUAAGCACGGCAAGCUUAAGAAAGAGAAGGCCGUAGCUUUUUACGAAGCUCCUGUGACCCUAGGCUCUGCAGGUGGCCUACGAGUUCUUCCAUGGGGUGACGAGACCACUCAGGACCCGAAGGGAAUUAGCGACUACAUGUAUCUUAGUGACACUUCUGAAGGUUGGAUGUUCAUCUUGGGCUGGACUCCUGCGAACUACACCCUCGAUGUCGUGGUUUCGCUGCAUUACCCCGAUAACCAAACUCCUUACGAAGCUACCUGGUUGGACUGA